AUGGGCUGGCCGGACCGAGUGCUGGCCCGACAUUGGGAGUUCGGCUUCAGCAUCAUGGCGGACAAGAUGGAGAAGCUCAGACUUGGAACUAGACCGAUCCUUCCACGACAACCAGAGCUUCGCCUUGGUCAUCUGCACCCGUCGACUGGGAAGCGAGCACACGUUUUUGUCUCCAGCGAGCCGCAUGCGGAGGAGGCGCUGGCGAGGAUAGCGAACAGAGAGCUGUCGCUAAUUAGCACGGAGUUUGCUUUCUUCUGCUACGUGAUGUUUAGCACCUGGUCCUUUGCUGUGAGACCGGGACAGCCCAUGGUCUUGUUGCUGCCGCAGUGCGCAUGCGACGCUAUCAAGAUGAGGCCGAAGGAAAAUUCGCCGUCAUGA